CAUCCCACCUUUGGACUGCAUUAUCGCAAUUUACGUACAUUCAUCGAGCAUAUCGAUCACAUUCUUGAUUAAAGCCUUUGUCCACUGUCCUGCAUAUCAAUCUUUGGCGCAAGUUCCAGAGUACAGUUCCAUGCUAAAAGCUAGUGCAAGAAUUCAGGUAGGAUGAGCGGGCACUCACACGACCCUAUCGCGUCGGCAAAAGCGCAAGAAGCUGCACACAAGUUUGAGUUCCGAGUUGCCACGACUGCGGAUAUCACCGCACUACAAAAGAUGAUUGGGGAGUCGCUAAGGGCGCUCGGGAAAGGGUUCUAUACACAGGCGGAGCUGGAUGGGUCGAUUGGAUAUCUAUUUGGCCCUGACACGUUGUUGUUGCAUGAUCGUACCUACUUCAUUCUCCAUCCUUUAGACUCCCCCAAUGUUGUCAGCGCAUGUGGAGGUUGGUCUUUUCGCCGCACGUUGUACGGCGCCGACACUGCGCCUGGUCGGCUUCCUGAAGCACGCGAUCCCAAGGUUGAGCGCGCGAGCAUCAGGGCCAUUUUCACGCACCCCGAGUGGGCAAGGCGAGGUCUGGGUACUAUGAUGAUGCGGCACUGUGAGGAGCAGGCGAGAGAGGGUGGUUUCUCGGGGCUGGAGAUGGGCGCGACGCUUAGCGGGGUCGCGCUGUAUGAGCGUUGUGGGUAUAAGAGGAGUGGGAAGAUAGAUGUUGUCAGGUGUCCGAAUGGGGAGGGAAUUCAGAUAGUUCACAUGCUUAAAGACCUGCCGGGAUUUGGCAUCGAAGCCAAAACUCUUGAUGACGACAAGCCGAGGAGGAACGGGCUCGCGAGCAGCGAUGCUUAGCAUGAGACUAGCGAUUUUGGCCCGCGUGAGGAACUAUGGUGCUCCUCUGGUCAAGGUUGGCCAGUGGGCGACGUGCAAGCUCUCUGGCAUCAUCACACCUUGCGCCUGCAAAUCGCAUUGGUGUUGAGUAACCAUCGGAGUCUAGACUAUUACACUGUGACGGCAUUCUGUCGAUGGAAUGAGCUAUAAAAAAGGCCGACAUUCUCAGCUUGCACCAAACAUCAAUGUGUCUAUGUAUCUUUCCGGUUGAGUUUAGGGGCGAUUUAGAGCUCAAUCAAUCAUAGCAAACAAAUUCAACUCUUAAUCG